AUGACCGAUUUUCAAGAAACAAAAUUAAAAUAUCACCGAGGAACUUGUUUUAGUUGCCGAAAAUGCAUGUACUGUGGAAUUGAUUUGCAGCAAGAAAAAUGUGACUGUGAUUUAUCUAAAGUACCACAUAAAGGAAAUCGGACAGAUGCCGUCAAAUAUGCGUUUACACAAGUGUUUGAUCCAAACUGGAUAAAAGAGAAAGUAGAAUUUGUCCACCAAAAAAUCAAACAAUAUAAUUAUUUAUUGGGUUCAAAGGAGGCUUUCGAUUUUACUUUAUGCUCUCGAUGCAAUAGUGUUUUAUUAAGGUUAUCUUCAAAAGCAAAAAAGCUUAAAGCAACGUUGAAUUCUAUAUUUGCAAAUAACGAUAACUCUUCAGAAGUAGAAACAUGUGAUCUUACUACUCUAUCAAGUGAUAUAUCUGAAUCUGAAGAAAAACUUGAUCAGAAAUCCGAUAAAAAAAAAAAUAGAAAAGAAUAUGAAGAUCAUGAUGAUGAAGAGCUUUUAUCAGAUGAGGAAGUUGAAUAUGAAUAUACAUAUGGUAUUUUUAUCAAAUUGGAAAAUGGAGUGUCUCUUCCAGCAAAAUGGUAUACAGCUAAAGUAUCUACAGUUGAUGAGUUAGUUUCAGAAAUUCAUAUAAAUAUUGAAACUUUAAUUGGAAAAAGGCCAAUUGAUCCAAAUAAUUACCGUAUUGUAUUUAAAUCCAAAAAGGCAGCUGGAGCAGGUACUCAACUAGUUGAUACUCAAGACUUCAAAAAAUUUCAAUCAGAUUACCAGAAAUAUAGAUCCAAAAAUAUCAAUAUGGCCUUCUUUAUAACGUUUGUUAGCUCAAGUUUAAAACGAAAAGAUCUUGAAUCUGAUAAUAAUUCAGAUGAUGACUUUAUUGCAAAUUUGAAAACCAAAAACUCUAUUCCUAAAACUUUGAAUCCUUCUUCAAUUGAAUCAUCAAUUGCGAAAAAUGUUUUAGAAAUUCGAACCAAAAAUCAUUGUAUAAUUUAUAAUAGACCAUGUUUAAAUAAGGAUGGUGCUAAAGAAAAUUAUGUCAUAAUUACUUUUAUGAUGCUUUCAAUUUGGGCAUCUGAAAUUAAUAAAGCAAUGGCAUCACCAACAGAACCACCUACACACCCUUUAUUUGCAUAUAAAUAUUUAAGAAAAGCGAAAAUAUCAUCACAAUUGCAAUCUAGUUCUAUGCAGUUCGAUCAAUUUCAACCAUCUAGCUCUAUGCAGUUUGAUCAAAUUCAACCAUCUAGUUCUACACAAUUUAAUCAAAUUCAACCCUCUAAUUCAGUACAACAACUUAAUUCAAUAGAACAACCAAAUUUAAUACAGCAAUAUAAUUUAAUGCAACGAUCUAAUUUGAUGCAACAAUCUAAUUUAUCACAACAAUUUAAUUUAAUUCAACAGCCUAAUUCAAUACAACAACCUAAUCUAUUACGACAAUUUAGCAAAAAAAAAAUUUAUUAUAAGUUACAUAUAUGUAAUAAUAUAUUGCAAGCUGCACAAUUUAUUUAUAUCAGUUUUUAA